GUAUAUUCCUUUCAUACGGACUACCGCGUGUACGAUUUGCUUUGCUGUUAUUGGUGCAACUAAGAGACAAAAGUGUGCUUAAUUAUGUAUAAUCGUUUCUUUAAUCCAAUCGCUAUACAACUCCUAUAGAAAUAAAAUUUUCACCCACGUUGUAGAACUCUCCAAACUGUUGUGAAACCAGGAAAUAUUCCUGAGAGAUCACCUGCUUUAACAGCACAUGCAAAAGGUUAGUUCCUGUCUUGGAUUUGCUUCUCUCUUUCCAGCUUAGCUAAUAGAGAACAAGAGUUUGAUCCUAGCUCAAUCUUUUAUACCCUGAUUGCCGCAGUCCAAUUGAGUUCCUUGAUCAUGAUUUAGUACAAACAUUUUUGUGCCUGGAAGAAGUUUUUUUGGUUAGAGUUUCUGGUAUGGGUACUUGGGUUUUUGUAUCUGAACACAAGAGCAAGAGGUACAUCGUUUUCUUGAAUAUUUCAUUUCUCCUGGUGGCAUUUGUUUUCUUGAUGAUAUGUUUCAGAUCUUCAGGAGUUCUUGUUCUAAGCAGCUAUAAUUCCAAUAUUGGUAAUAAUCAGCAAGACUGUAAGGGCUUGGAGAAUUUAGAUGAUUACAAAGCCAAGUGCUCUUACCUUAAGUUCAAAAAUCCAUGUGUUUCUCAAGGCUAUGUUGAUUAUCUUUACCUUUUUUAUUGCAAUUUUGGAAGAUUUCCCUUGUUGGGUUAUUGCCUUCUAAUUCUUUGGCUCCUUGUGUUGUUUUAUCUUUUGGCAAACACAGCCUCUGAAUACUUUUGUUAUUCUCUUGGAAGUUUAUCAAGCCUGUUAAAAUUAUCACCUACACUAGCUGGCGUCACACUGUUGUCUCUUGGUAAUGGUGCCCCGGAUGUGUUUUCCAGCAUAGUCUCCUUCAUGGAUAGUGGAACUGAGGACAUUGGCCUGAGUACAGUUCUGGGUGGUGCUUUGUUUGUAACUUGUGUUGUGGUCGGAACCAUGAGCACUUUGUUGCACCGGAAACGAAUUCAGGUUAACAAACCUGCCUUUGUAAGAGAUGUUUGCUACCUCCUCCUCGUUUUUGCAUCCUUAAUUUUGAUAUUGAUUUAUGGGAAAAUCAAUCUUUGGGGAGCAAUGGCUUUUUUUUCGCUGUAUAUUGUUUAUGUUAUCCUUGUUUACAUCAUCUAUAUUUUUUGGAAUUCUGGUGGCACCGACAACAUGGAUUCAGAUUCAAGUUAUAACGGUGGUUUGAGCAUACCCAUUUUAGAUGGAAUUGAGAGAGUGGAGAUUGAUUGUUUAGAGGAAGGGAAUCUGGAACCUGAAGAAAAAGAAGUACAAUUCAGGCAAUGUUGCUUUUGUUUAAGAAUAUCAGCUACUUGCAGUAUGUUGCUUUGGAUCCUUAAGAUGCCCCUUUAUUUGCCAAGGAGACUGACAAUUCCAAUUAUUUGUCAAGAGAGAUGGUCUAAGCCAGUGGCAGUUGUUUCAGUGACAUUGGCACCGAUUCUCUUAUCUGUACUUUGGGACCUUCAAGAUGACAAUCUGACCUUCAAGACAGAUCUGGUGGUCAAUGGAAUUGGUUUCCUGUUUGGAAUCUCAUUUGGGGUUCUUGCAUAUUUUACUACUGAAAAAUCUAGCCCACCAAAGAAAUGCUUGUUCCCUUGGGUAGCUGGAGGGUUCUUGAUGAGUGUGAUUUGGAGUUACUUUAUAGCUCAAGAAUUGGUUGGCUUAUUGAUUUCACUUGGCUACAUACUCGGGAUCAGUCAGUCUAUCCUUGGUCUGACCGUCCUUGCUUGGGGCAACUCACUUGGAGAUCUAAUAACCAACUUGACAAUGGCAUUGAAUGGUGGUCCAGAAGGAGCACAAGUGGCUAUAUCAGGCUGUUAUGCUGGCCCAAUCUUCAACAUUCUCUUUGGUUUAGGCUUGUCUCUUAUUGGCUCUGCCUGGUAUGGAUACCCUUCACCAGUUCAGAUCCCUACAGAUCCUUAUCUCCUGGAAACCCUGGGUUUUCUAGUUUCUGCGUUGCUAUGGGCACUUUUGGUUCUGCCAAUGAGAGAUAUGAGGCUUGAUGGGGUCCUGGGAGGAGGGCUUUUUCUGAUCUACUUGACUUUCAUGUCUUUAAGGGUGAUUCAAGUAGUUGGACUGCUCUAGCUUCAUACAUUUACGUACUACUUUUAUAUCACAUGGAAAACCAUAUGUAAUUAUUAGAUUUAUAGAUUGCAAUCAAUUUUUUUAUAUGCCUACCUGUAUGUUAACCAACUAACUUUCAUUCACUGGCAUGUCACCUUACUCUAAUUUCAACACAUCAAUGAAAUCUCCAUUCUUUCAUAACCAUCAUUGUUGCAUCCCGGUUUGCAACAAAUUCAUAGGAAAAACAUAUCUGAUGCCUGAAACUUUGCAGGAUUUUAUGGUUGAAAAUAUGGCAGUAGAAUUAGAAUCAGGAGAAGCUGAAGUUUUGAUGGGAUGGUUUAUUAGAAGAUAUUAACCUG